AUGUCCACACCAAAGAAAGUGCCGUACGUCAGGCUGGGUAAUUCUGGCUUAAAGGUGUCCAGAAUCAUACUUGGCAUCAUGCAAUACGGCAACAAGGGAUGGCAAGAUUGGGUUCUCGGAGAGGAUGAAGCAGUCGAACACAUCAAAACAGCUUAUGAAGCAGGAAUUCAGACAUUUGAUACCGCUGAUACGUAUUCCAAUGGUUACUCAGAAGUAAUUCUUGGACGAGCCAUCAAGAGAUUGAAGUUACCUCGCGACGAAAUUGUUGUCAUGACCAAGGUACGUGUCGUCAGUGGUCUCGAGUUCUCUCAUCAGCUCUCCCUCAAACAGGUUGCCAACCGGUUCUUUCCCGGACGUGAUGACCCAGAUCAAAAUGGUUUUGUGAACCAGCAUGGCCUCAGCCGCAAGCACAUCUUCGCAAGCGUGAAACAGAGCUUGGAGCGGCUUCAGCUGGAUUAUAUUGACCUUCUACAAUGCAUGUCCAUCCAUCAAUGUCACAGAUUCGACAAGGAAACACCGAUUGAAGAGACGAUGCAAGCAUUGCACGACGUAGUCAAAGCCGGCUAUGUCCGCUACAUCGGAAUGAGCUCGUGCUGGGCAUACCAGUACUAUGCGAUCACAAACAAGCUCACCCCUUUCAUCUCCGUGCAGAACCACUACAGUCUACUCUAUCGCGAGGAGGAACGCGAAAUGUUUCCUACUCUCAAGAUGUUCGGUGUCGGCUCAACCCCAUGGUCUCCGCUGGCUCGCGGUGCCCUCACACGCCCCCUUGGACGGCAGACCAAUAGAGGUCAAUCUGAUUCGCAAGAAAUUUCCAAGAAGAAAGGCGUAACCAUGGCCCAAGUAGCAAUAGCAUGGAUCUUGACAAAGGAUGGAGUGUCGGCUCCAAUUGUUGGAACUACAAGUCUUGAAAAACUGAAAGACAUCAUUGCCGGACUCGAUGUGAAGCUUACGGCAGAGGAGAUCAGAUACCUUGAGGAAGAGUACAAACCUACCGCUGUGAUUGGUCACUCCUGA